AUGGACCGAGACGACGCCAACGGCGUCCCAAACCUGUCAAUUAUCCCUUAUGACACAAAUCGAGAUAUUGUGCUUCGGCACGCAGACACGAUCGUCUACCGCGAUCCGCGAACGAAUCAAUUAGUUCCUUUCCACCACAACCGGGCAGUUGAACGACGACCAUCCGACUGCCCAACAUGCGGUCGACCCUUUCACUCCCAGGCAGGGUCGUCCACUCAGGACUCGGGCAACGGUCCGCGGGAAGACCAACCGAGUUUCAUCACCCAGGACUAUUUCGAGAUGCUCGCCCGGAGUCUUCCGAAUUCACAUCAGACAUCGCCACCGCCCUCUCCAAGACGCCGUAUGGUACAGCCGGUCCGAUCGCGACUCGGGCCGUCAUCUCCAGUGCUGUCGACUCCUCCUGCCGACGCAGAGUUCGUGGCGAGCACACCUGUUACCCCGUCACAAGCUCACGGGAUUUCCGAGACGGCAUUCUCGCCCAACUAUUUCGAAAAGUUCUUCGUCGAGGACCGAGAACUCGGCAGAGGCGGGAGGGGCGUUGUGCUGCUAGUCAAGCAUGUAUUGGACGGUGUCAAUUUGGGCUACUUUGCGUGCAAACGGGUCCCCAUUGGCGAUGACCACGCGUGGCUUGAAAAGGUGCUAGUCGAGGUGCAACUACUGCAAGGCCUGUCGCAUCAGAACCUCGUGUCGUACAGACACGUCUGGCUCGAGGACUACCAAAUCAGUACCUUCGGCCCGAGUGUGCCUUGCGCCUUCAUCCUGCAACAGUACUGCAAUGGCGGUGACAUGCACAACUACGUGCUCGGGUCGGCCAAAGCGGCAACGACUACUCAAGAGCUGAAGGAGCGCAUCCGCCGACGCUCCAGGGGGGAAACAGAACUACCUUACCGGCCGGGCGAACCAAAGAAGCUCCCCUUUGACGAAAUCUACAACUUCUUCCGGGACAUCACGUCUGGAUUACGGUUCCUGCACCACAGCGGCUUCAUCCACCGAGACCUGAAACCGAGCAAUUGCCUGCUGCACACGGCAGGCGGCGAGACGAGGGUACUGGUGAGCGACUUUGGCGAGGUGCAGUACGAGUACGCCACGCGCAAUUCCACCGGGACCACGGGCACGAUAUCCUACUGCGCACCGGAAGUGCUUCGGCGCGUCUCACCGGGGGGGCCAUACCAGAACUUCACGUCCAAGUCCGACAUCUUUUCGCUUGGCAUGAUCCUAUACUUUCUAUGCUUCGCGGCGCUGCCGUACAACUACGCCAACGUGCUGCACGAGGAGCGCGAAGACGUGGACUCGCUCCGGGCCGAGAUUCUGGUGUGGGAAGGGUUCGACGACCAGCGCAAACGGCGGCCCGAGUUGCCCGCGGCCCUGUACACGUUUCUUAAGCGCCUUUUGUCGCUGGACCCGGACCAACGUCCGAGUGCGGACGACGUGUUGCAGGUGGUGUCGUCAGGUCGACUCGACGACAUCCCUGCGGCGAGGAGGCGUGGGUCGAUGGAUCCCGAAGAACUGACUCCCGGACGACGGAUCCAGAGAAUCGACACCCCUCAAAAGGGUAACUCACCUUCACGCGGCAGUGGUGGUAGUGGGACCGCCGAUAGCAUUGGCAUCGGUGGUGAUCACGACCUCGCGGCUCCCAAAUCUCCUCGGGCGAGAUAUCGUCAUCACCACCACAAUCACCAGAACAUGUCUUCGUCUCCUGAACGGAUCAUGAACAGAAACAAAGACAAGAGCUCGCGGGGACGGAAAUCGGAACGGGGAUGGGACUCGUCGAGCCCAACGCCAGCCGCCGGCAGAGGCAGAAGCAGCGGCAGCGGGAGCGGGAACGGCAACGGCAACGGCAACGGGCCCAUCUCGCCCGUCCGACCGCAUCAAUUACUCCUUGAACCCCCGACGCCCAUCGAGAACUACGGCACGAACAUGGAUGUUGUCGACAUCGGCAUGCAACCGUACGAUUCGGACUCGUGGGUCCGCCGUCUCUCGAUCGCGCUCGACCGACCCAUGACGACGCCGUCGACGCGCAUCCUCGUGCUCGGGCUCAAGUUGCUCAGCACGCUCCAGCCGUGCAUGUCGUACGGCAUGAACGCCUCGGUCGUGUACCCUUUGAUCUGCCUUGCGCUGCUCGAGUUCGCCGUGCCCAACAUCCGCGUCUGGAAGGCCACCCUGGUCAUGAUGGCCCAUUUUGCGAUUUUGAUCGUCGCCAUGAGGACGGACAGGUUGUGUAGUAGUAUAUUAUGA